GRGGACAAAAAUAGCAAAGUUUUGGCGCCAAAUUUCGUAAUGCGAAAAGAUUGUAUAAGAGUCGGCCAUCUUUGAGCACGUCAAAGCGAAAUAUCCGUCWUUCAAUGGCAUUUAUUGCACAAUUCAAGUCACCAACGCACUAAGAAAUGGCAGAGACUUUCAAAAGUCCACGACCACUGCCAGUUUUAAUCAACGAUUCAACUUUUAGUCACAAAAAAGCGAAGAAAAGGUCGCUCCUCGAGGACUGUUUACCUCCUCGGCCGCCGGUCAAAUCUGCUCCUCCUAUCAGCCGAAUUUUCAAGCAUUCAAGAAAGCACAGCGAAGGMGCUCAUGCAGUUAGCUUCAGCGAUAAUGGAAGCAAGCUCAAGUCACCAGAGUUGACAAGUCCACACUACAACUCCAAAUCAAAAGAACUUUAUUUCAAACAAUGCUUUGAGGUCAUCUGUAAACUUGGAACAGGAUCAUUCGGAGAGGUUUACAAAGUGAGAAGCAAGGAAGAUGGAUAUUUGUAUGCUAUCAAAAAGUCCCGUGAAAGGUUCCGAGGAGAUGUCGAUAGGAGAUAUAAAUUAGAAGAGGUUAACAAGCAUGAGUUGUUGAGAAGGCAUCCCAACUGUGUACAGUUUGUCAAAGCUUGGGAAGAAAGGCAGCAUCUAUACAUCCAAACAGAACUUUGUAAUAUGAGCCUGAAAAACUACCUCGAAUCCGUUGAGUCAAUACCAGAAAAUGAAAUCUGGACCAUACUAGUGGAUCUCACUUUAGGCUUAAAGCAUCUCCAUGAUAACAACCUUGUUCACAUGGACAUAAAGCCUGCUAAUGUAUUCAUCGGUAUCGACAAACUGUAUAAAAUAGGGGACUUUGGAUUGGUCUUGGAAAUAUCAAAGGUUGAGAUAACAGAUGCCCAAGAGGGGGACCCCAUGUAUCUUGCACCUGAACUAAUGCAAGGUAGCUUYACMAAGGCUGCUGAUAUCUUCAGCCUGGGAAUAACAAUGCUUGAGGCUUCAUGUGAUUUGGAAUUACCCAGGGGUGGUGAUACCUGGCACCAGUUAAGAAAUGGUCAACUUCCUGAAGUAUUUAUUGAAGGUGUGGCAAAGAAGAAAGUGGUUACAUUACUACAGCUGGAUGGUUUGUGGUCUUCUGCUGAAGAAUCAUCACCAAGUCAUGAUGUUUCAAUUCAUUCUGAUUCCAGUUCUUUGUUUUCUUUAGAAGAUUCCCACAAUGUAUCACAUGACAGUCUACACACACCUGACAGAUCAAGUAGCGGAUCAGGAGUAUUUGAUGAUUCAUUCGCUGAUCCUAUUGCUAGACCACCCUGGCACAAGAAUGGCUAUUGUACAUCACCAACUGUUAUGAAUGGCCGUAUACCUACCCCAACAUCUCAUAGUAAAGUAUACAGACAAUCUUUGUCACCAGCAAUCAACCCAAUCAAUGGAAGGUCUUUGAAGAUGCUGCAACAUGAAAGAUCAUUGAUGGCAUUGCAUGAAUCAGAUUAG